AUGAGUGUUCUUUUGAUUUCUGUCGUUCUUCUCAUUCAACAGAUCAACGCUGAGGAUUGUCCGCCAGUGCCGGCCUCAGUUACAUGGGACCCAAUUGGAGAGGCUAAUCCCGAUUACUGGGGAUAUCAAGCAUGGUGCAGCAGUGCCAAUGGAAACUAUUACUCGUGUUACAACGAUGGAACUUCUGACAAGUGCUACUUGAAAGCCUGUGAUCCAUUGCCAGCAAGCGUUACAUCAGAUCCAGUCGAAGAUGCUAACUUUCAAUUCAUGGUGGGUGGGUGUAGUAAUCGAAGCAUGCAGUGUUACUUCGACGGUGUAGCAAACAAAUGCUAUUUCGAUGUGUGCCCACCAUUGCCUACAAGCAUCACAUGGGGACCUGAAAUAGUGGCAACUUUUGAUCAAUACGACGAUGGAUGCAAUGGUAAUCGUUUAAAGUGCUACAAUGAUGGUGACGCCGAUGGAUGUUAUCUGCCAUUUAAAGGCCCUUGCCCGUCAAAACCCGCUACUGUCAAUUGGGCUCCAGUCGGUCCCGCUCGUUUUGACAUGUUCAUGGAGAGAGCGUGUGAUUUGGGCCAAGAUUGUUACAACGACGGAGAAACCGACCAAUGCUAUAAGACUGAGGGAAGGUGUAUGCCGAAACCGGACUCGGUCUUUAACGAACCCACCGGAGCCGCUAUCGCUGGCAAGUGCCCCGAGGGCUACGCGUGUUACCAUGAUGGGGACAUCAAUCAAUGUUAUUGUCAUGACAUUGCCGGAAUGUACAUUUGUCACGCGGGUCCAUGCGGUCAAUUGAGCAAUUUAUGCGCAAAAACGUGUGGCUUUUGCGUUGGACCGGGACCCGCUUGGCCCUACCCAAUGACUGCAGCACCAAAUAUUGCAUAU